UGGGGUUCGCUUGGAAGCUGAUCGAAGGCCGGAGCUGCUUCUUGCAAUGAGCUGUUUAACUAAAGGAAGCCCUGAUGCUUUUCUUGUGUGUAAUGGGUAUAAAGACGACGAGUAUGUUUCUCUUGCUUUGAUGGGUAGGAGGCUAAAUCUGAAUACUGUUAUCGUUUUGGAGCGGGAGGAGGAGCUUGAUGUAGUGAUUGAGACGAGCAGGAAGCUUGGCGUUCGACCCGUUAUCGGUGUCCGCGCAAAGCUCCGAACGAAGCAUUCCGGCCAUUUCGGAUCAACCUCCGGUGACAAAGGCAAAUUUGGGCUUGCAACCGCUCAAAUCCUCUCUGUUGUUAGGAAACUUGAGAGCCAUCAAAUGCUUGAUUGCCUCCAACUCUUGCAUUUUCAUAUCGGGUCGCAAAUCCCGUCCACUGCUUUGUUAUCCGACGGCGUGGGCGAGGCUGCUCAAAUCUACUGCGAGCUUGUGAAGCUUGGCGCCUCGCUGCGUGUGAUAGACAUUGGAGGUGGUCUUGGCGUCGAUUAUGAUGGGUCGCAUUCCGGAGGCUCCGACAUGUCAGUUGGGUACGGCCUCGACGAGUAUGCGGAUGCAGUGGUUCGCACUGUUCAGUUUGCUUGUGAUGGGAAGAAUGUUCGUCAUCCGAUAAUCUGCAGCGAGAGUGGCAGAGCUCUGGUUUCACACCACUCUGUGCUCGUCUUUGAAGCAAUUUCGUCGAACGCCAACGAGCCGUCCCCACCUGAUCCUAAUCUCGCUCAUCUUCUGGACAUGUUAGCAGGCGAAGCCCGAAUCCUGCCGGAAUCUCGGAAUCUGAUGGGCGCCGCAACGCAUGGAGAGCAUGAAGCCUGCCUUGGUUUCGCUGACCAGCUGAAGCGCCGGUGCGUCGAUCAGUUCAAAGACGGGUUGCUCGGCCUCGAACACCUCGCAGCAGUGGACACGCUCUGCGAUCUAGUAUCAAGAGAGAUCGGAGCGGGCCAUUCCGUCCACACUUACAACAUCAAUCUCUCCAUCUUCACGUCCGUACCCGAUUUCUGGGCAAUCGGCCAGCUCUUUCCAAUCAUCCCCAUCCAUCGCCUCGACCAGAAACCUGUCAUAAACGGAGUCCUCUCCGACCUCACCUGUGACAGUGACGGCAAGAUCGACAAAUUCAUCAGGAGACGAGGCGGCACAGGCCUCCCAUUGCACCCGAAUUCAGCCGGAGCCGCGGCCGGUUACUAUUUGGGCAUGUUGGUGGCGGUGGGGGCAGGCGGCUUAUCACAGAGGCGCUCACGGGGAGGAUGCCAAUUUGUUCCCAGCGUCGUGCGCGUGUCGCAGAGCGAGGGGCCGUGCAGCUUCGCGGUCACGCGGGCGGUAGCUGGCCCGUCGUGCGCUGAUGUGCUGCGUGCGAUGCAGCACGAGCCCGAGAUUAUGUUGGAGGCGCUCAAACGGCGUGCGGAGGACUAUGAUGGAGAUGGUGGUGCUGUGGCUCUCAGACUCUCAUGGGCGUUUGAUGCGAUGCCUUAUCUUGAUUAUGCUGCUGAUGGUGUUGGUGAUGGUCGCGGCGAUGAUGACCAACAGUGGGAGUUUAUGCGUUGCUUGAGCGUUUGAGAGGCGAUGACCAACAGUGGUCGUCGGAAUGGCUUCUUUUUCUUUAUUUUCAUUUUCUUUUUAACCGUUUAAGUUCAGAUGUUAUCAGCACUUCAGAGGAGCCUCCUCUCUGUGAUCUUCUCUACAGAAAGGGUUAUGUAGAUAUUUGUACCUCAAAUCAUGAAAUUGCUCAUUAGUCCCUUAAAUCCUA